AUGUCCAAUCAUCUACUCCGAAAACCAGCAUGCGACACUUCGCUACGACGACUGGUUCACUAUGGCAGUGGCGGUGCCCACCAGCAAACCCUGAAACAACUCUUGGGUCUCAAAAAGGAAUCUCCUAGAAGCACCAAACCCGCCCCCCGCUCCUUCACUGUCUUUAACACCAUGGACUCACCCACAGAUCGUGCAACAGAUGUAAUUAAUUGCAUGUUAACUAAUGGGUUCACUCUCAUGUCUUUUCUGUCAACAAUCUUGACUUCCUCGGGCUUUGGUGACAUAUUACGCGAAAUUCAGGUCCAGAUUCUCAAUCCUGAGCCUGAGCUUGGCAGCACAGCGAUUGUGAGAAACUGGAUCCUUACAAGUGCUCAAGCAAUUUACAUGGAAGAAAUACAAGUACUGAUGGAAAAAGAGAGUGGGCUUCACAUGAAUGCUGCCCACCUGCAUCCGGCACAGCUUGAAGAUGGAAGAAUUAGCACGCUGAAGUCACUAUUCGAAUCCAAGGCACCAGCAGUUUGGGCCCUGAUUAAUCACUUACUUACUGUGGAAAGCAAGACACGGGCAAGGUGCUGGGCGAAGCCGGCACCUCUGAGUGCAGAGAUGGGCAGCAGGAGAGAUGAGGGUGAUGAUGGGGAUCAUAUUAGCGCAGGAAGGCAGUUGAAGGGGAAUUACAAUUACUCAGAGAGACAUUAUGCUCUGCACUCUCUUUUUCCAUCAGUACUUGUAUUUCUUCCGCAUAAAUUGCUUGAGCACUUGUAA